AAAAAUAGAAAUUCUGAUUUGGGAGACGUGUCCCACUGUCCAUGGGGCCACCAUAUAAAUAAAACUGAAAUCCAACCCGGUGGGCUCUUGGUGUGCCCUUCCUGGCCUUCCUUCAUUCACUACCUUCACUUAGCACCACCUUUCAUCGCCCUUCCCUCGAUUCCCGCACAGCCCCUUUUUCUAGGGUUUCCUUUUAUCCAGUAAAGCCUCGUCAUUUCUCUGUAUCUUUCUGCGGAAAUGAAGCUCACAGUUAAGACUCUUAAAGGCAGCCAUUUCGAAAUUAGGGUUCAGCCCACCGACACAGUUAUGGCUGUCAAGAAAAAUAUUGAAGAUGUGCAAGGAAAGGACAAUUACCCAUGUGGGCAGCAACUAUUGAUUCAUAAUGGGAAAGUAUUGAAAGACGAGACUACAUUAGCGGAUAACAAGGUCAAUGAAGAUGGUUUUCUCGUUGUAAUGCUUAGCAAGAGUAAAACUUCAGCUGGGACCUCAUCGACCCAGCCUGCUGCUGCACCUGCAACUACACCAACUUCAAACUCAACUCCUGAAGUUGAAGUUCAAGCACCGGCCUCGAAGAACACGUCUGCUUCUGAAACAGCAACAGCCAUUGCACAAACUGAUACCUAUGGUCAAGCUGCUUCAAAUUUAGUUGCUGGUAAUAAUCUUGACCAGACUAUUCAACAAAUAAUGGAUAUAGGAGGUGGGACCUGGGAUAAAGAAACAGUUACUCGUGCACUUCGGGCAGCCUAUAACAAUCCAGAACGAGCAGUGGAUUACUUGUACUCUGGUAUUCCAGAAGCAGCAGAAGUUGCUGUCCCAGUUUCUCAUUUCCCUGCAGGUCAGGCAACUGAAACAGGUGCAGCAGGAGCUGCACCUGGAUCUGGAGCACCUAAUACAUCUCCCUUGAAUAUGUUCCCCCAGGAGACACUUUCUGCUGCUGCUGGUGGUGGUGGCGGUGGCAGUGGGGGACUUGGAUCCCUUGAUUUCCUUAGAAGCAAUCAACAGUUCCAAACAUUGCGUUCAAUGGUUCAGGCAAAUCCUCAAAUUUUACAGCCCAUGCUUCAGGAACUUGGAAAGCAAAAUCCUCACCUAUUAAGAAUGAUUCAAGAACAUCAUGCUGAAUUUCUUCAGUUAAUAAAUGAACCUCUUGAAGGUUCUGAAGGGGAUAUAUUUGAUCAGGUUGACCAAGACAUGCCUCAUGCUAUCAAUGUGACCCCUGCUGAACAGGAGGCUAUUGAACGGCUUGAGGCUAUGGGAUUUGAUAGAGCCCUUGUCAUCGAGGCAUUUUUGGCUUGUGAUCGCAAUGAGGAAUUGGCAGCUAACUACCUUUUGGAAAAUGCUGGAGAUAUUGAGGAUUGAGCAGAGAACCUUAUCCUGUUGGAUUUAUAGUUUUUCGUUUUUGUUUUUAUUUAUUUAAUUAUUAUUAUUAUUAUUUUAUAGAUGGAUCCUUGCCUUUGUCGGCAUCUUUGGUAGUGUUUGGAUUACAUUGUAAGCCCUGAUCACGAUUCCUUAAAAGUAAUUUUAGGAACGUUUUAUGGCA